CAACUUGCGCCCUGUGCCCCCCUCCUCCCCGCCAUCGCCCUGUGCCCCCUCAGCCCUCUCUUUCCCGCCCUCACGUCCCGCUAAGCGGCCACCCCGGGUCAUCCCGCCCCCUUGGCCCCCUGCCACCCUCACCAUGAGGGAAGAGAGCCCGAGGCCUGGUGCCCCGAGGCCAUGAGGGCAUGGGGGGCGUAGGGCCGAGGGGCAUCCGCCCUCCAAGGCCCCCCAAAGUGGCAGCGGGCACCCUGGGCAUCUCUUGCUGCUGCUUCUUCCUCCUCCUCCUCCUCCUCCUCCUCCUCCUCGUGUUUGCCCCCUGGCCCCACCUGGCAGGUGACAGAUGGGACACAUUUAAGCACCAGGUCAGGCUAAGCUACAGGAAGAAAGUUGUAGUUGGCUUCUUCACGUCCGGACGAUGCCAACCCGCCAUCCUAAAUCCCGGAUUUUCAGAUUCAUCGUUCCCCCAUUCCUUGGACGAUGAAGGAAUGGAUGGAUUGCCGGCAAAUAUUUUGAAGGAUUUCAAACCGUCGAGGGAGCGGCAUGCUGUCACGUUUCCAGGGGAGUCUGCGGGGAAGACAAGAGGCCUGCUCCCGUCCGCGCCGUUCGUCUCCCGGCAAAGAAGGAAGACACCCAACCGGAGACGGCAAUUCCCGGAAAGAUGGAGGGAAAGGCCCAUUAGAUCGGCGACUCCGGGUGCCGGACGACAGGCAGGGCGGCCCUCUCCCGGACGCUGCCGGACCCAGAGGCGCGAGGCGGGAAAAGCGAGCCUCCCGCUUCCAAACCCGACCCCCAGAUGGGAAAGAGACCUCGCCCCGGAGUUGAGGGAGACCCAAAUGUCGGGAAGCCUUCCGUGCCUCAGGAGGGUCGGGCCGCGGCGGGAUUGCGACGCGGAGCCCGGAUCGAAGCAGAAGGAAGGCUCGGAUCCUUGCGCCGUCCGGGAAGGGCGAAGGGCGGGACGGAAGGAAGCGGGAGGGAAAGGGGCGCCGUCCGGGACCGGGGCUUUCGUGGCCCCGAGGCUCUUCUUGAAGGCCCCCGCGGCGGCCCUCCGCGUCCCCGGGAGCCCCUCGGCGUUCCCGAAGAGAAAGAAGAAAGGCCUCAGAAGGGCCCCGAGCAGAAGGCCUCAAGAGAAACCUCCCCCGGUGCACCAUGUUUUCCUUCCUCACCAUUUAGAAGAGGAACCGACAAACCCCGGAAACGCCUCGGAAGACGCCGUGGAGGAAGACGUCCUCGGCCUCCCGGCCCCCGAGGAGGAGACCGUCCUCGAGGACGUGGACGCGGGCCUCUCCCGCAACUCGACGGAAGCUGAGGACGACGACCUCAAGGCCGGGGCUUGGCGGCCCAAGAAAGGUUCGCUUUGGCCCGAGGGAGAAGGAGCCCCCCGCCACCCCGGAGUCUUGCAGUUCGAGAGGAAGAAAACAAAGAAGUUUCACUCGCUGCUCCGCGACCGGAUCAAUAUCAACGGGGAAGAAGGACACCCCCUCCCGGGACUCCCGGAGGACGGGCCGGAGCUCGGAAACCUCCCCCGCGUGUUCCCGGGAGCGAGCCGCCGAGGCCCCAAGAGAACGCACGCCCUGCUAGGGGCCGUUCCCCAGAAGAAACAGAAGAAAAAGAGCCACCCCAAAACCGCGGGAACGCGGGUCCGCGCCAGAUUCCCGGUUCACGGAGCCCACCCGGCGGGCGCGGUCCCCACUCCGACCCGUCCCGCCCCCGUGGCGGGCAAGGUCACCAAACGAGGGACCUCGCGGAAAGGCGGCAGGUUGCGCGUCCGGCCCAUGCAGGACAUGCUCAAACAGUUAGAGGCCAUGUCAGACCUCCUGCUGAAACAAAUGUUGGCGACCCCCCGGGAGAAGCCCUCGGAAAACCGCGGCCUUCCCGCCCGGAGCGGGACGGAGGGAAGGGCGGAAUAGUUCAUCCGACGCGACGCGGAAAGGGGAGGGCGGCCGACUCCCACCGGGGAACGGAGAGCCAAGGCGAGGCCCGGAGAAACGGAGCGAGGCAGCGUGGAUCGCUCUGGGCCAAGGAAUCCGAAUAAAAUCGAAACGUUCGUUCCUCCGAAGUUAAAUCCAUCUCCGGUUAAUGUCCGUCCGCGCUCAAGCGACCAUCCGGAGCAUCCGGAGCCUCGCCGCGGGGCGGGUAUCUUGUUAGGCCGCGGAGUCUGGGGGCCCCUCGUUUCUUUCCCGACGAGUGAAUCCCUUCUCGGUCCUCUCUGAAUUCCCUUCGACGCCUGUUGGGAAUGCGCCCGCUCCCCGGCGCUUAGCGCAGUGCCCUGCAUGCAGUAAGCGCCCAAUAAAUACGACCGAAAGCGAA